CAAAAGCACACGAUGCCGUCCUGAAGCCGUGGUCAUGUCGAGCCUCAGGUCAUAUAGCGACGACGAUGACAGCAGCGAGUAUGGCUACAACCUGAGCCCGGAGGAGGAAAGACUUCUUUGCGAACUUGCCGACCGCAUUUCUCCCGUGGUUCCAACGUCGGCCCCGCCAGAACCAGCGCCGACGAAAGUUCCAGCGCCCGCACCGCGGAUCCCAGCUCCGCGUACGUCACAACCACCGCCCUCCCCACCCAAGGCCUCCAAGCCCUCCCAACCCACAAUCGAUUCAAAGGCCCCAUCUUCAUCAUGGGAUCCGCCCGUACCCGAAGUUGUUUCGGUUUACAGACCCCCAACAGUGCCCCAGAAUAAACCGAGGCCAUCGCAGCUAGUCAAGCCGAGGUGGGACAUCAGUGGCGGCAUCAAACCCGAUGCUUCUCAAGCCGUUGAUGAAGCGCUCGACGCCCUCAGUGAGAACGACUUGAAAUUUGACAUCAUCCAGCUCACCCCCGAAACGAACCCUCGUACCUAUCGUCAUGGCUCGGCAAAUUUUAAGCAUGUGGGCAGGGAGAGCGGUGACAGUCAGGACAGUGGAAUCUGGAAUGCGCCGCGCAGCAGUGGCAGCCGUGUGUCUUUCGACGUCAAGCACAAGACAGCGCGCAUGUCUACCGUGGAUACAAUACCGGACGUCAACUACCCGGACCUGAGUCAGGCGCUUGCUGGCGUCAGCGACACGUCGUUAUCUGUGUCGGAUGAGAACCCCCAACACAUGCUCGAGAUAGAAGUCAAGAGACUCAAUGGCGUUGUUCCGUCGCCCCUCGCCCAGUUUCGAUCCUUUCCAAAGAAACCACUGUCUGUUACUGAUCUUACAGCCGGGCUAUGGUGCGAGUUGCAACACUACUACACACUAUCGAGACUUCCGUUUGGCAGAAGGACGCAAACUCCUGCCAUGAAGAAGGGCUCCAUGGUUCACGAGAAGCUCGAGCGCGAAGUUUUUCAGCCCGUUACAGUCACCAUCGCUAAAAAGGUGGACAAUUUAGGUCUGCAAAUGUGGAAUGUCAUUUUGGGUUUACGAACACUUCGCGAUACUGGCUCAACCCGGGAACUGCAGGUUUGGGGCAUGGUAGACGGCAACCUGGUCAACGGUGUCAUUGACUACCUCAGCUACGAGAAUCCCGAUUCCGAACUAGAAGAGGAGACUCUCAGCAGUCGCGGAAGCCAAACCACUGCCUCACAACGCCUCGCUGACACCAUGAUGCAAGUCUACAUAACCGACAUCAAGACUCGUCUCACUCCCAAACCCCCGUCUAAACCCCAGGUUCACAUGUCCCUGAUCCAGCUGUUCCUGUACCACCGUUUUCUCAGUGAGAUGGCCUCGGACAAACUCGACUACUUCCAGAUCUUUGGCCGGUACAACUUGAACCCAGAGGAACCCUUCUCAGACUCGUUCAUGGCUCAAAUGGGCGCUCUGCAUGAAGAGGUGUUUGAGAAUGGGGAUUCAGAAAGCGAAACGGAAGGGGCGUCAGAAUGGGGGUAUGAAUCCGAAAGCGCCAGGACCACCACUACAUCCACGACAACCACCACGACGGAAUCCUCUGCUUAUAUCUCUGCCCCGGCGUCACCCGGCGCAGGGAAACGACCCAAGGGUCUCAAGUACGGCAAUCUCCGAUCGUUGCUAGGGCUUUUGAAGUUUGAGCUCCAGGUCACCUUUCCACAUGGAGCAUCGGAUAUCGGACAGAUAGUAGCUGUGGAAUAUCGCUAUCGAGGCAAGGGGAAGGCACCGGCUGCUGCUGAGGAAGAAGAUGAAGACGAGAUAGACAAGGAUGAGGGGAAGGUCAUCUCCACGACUACGUAUUUUGUCGAGCCGGGCACGCUGGAUCUGUAUCUUGCGCAGACUAUGCCUUGGUGGAAGGGGGAGAGGGAGCCGAGGGGGGUGGAGAUGGAGGAUGCGUUCAAGUGUGGGUAUUGCGAGUUUGCGGGGGAGUGUGAGUGGAGGGCGAAGAUGGAUGAUGAGGUGGUCAGGAAGGCGAGGGCGAACAGGGCUAGACGAGAAAGGAAGAGGAUGAAGGAGGAGGGGGCGGUGGUUGUUGGGGAGGGGUUGGAGGGGGAGCAGGGGGAGAAGCCGGUUUUGGAGGAGUAUAGUGGGGAUGUGGAGGAGAGCGCGUCGCAGAGGAAGAAGGGGAAGAAGAGGGGUGGUGAGGAGAAGAAGAGUAGGAGUAGGAAGAGGCAGAGUGCCAGUCAGGAGGGGAUUGCGUGGUGAUGGUCAAAGCGGAAGAAAAGAAACCAAGAGAGAUUGCCUCGGUAACGAGGAGUGAAACAAGUGUGCUGGAGAUGGGGAUGGACUUUGAAGGCUAUAUAUGGUGUUCAUGAGGAACGACAAGGAGAACUGCUUUGGAGUAAUCUUUUGGAUGGAAGGCAAGUGGAUGUUGGGACACCAUAUAUACGGAGGGAUGAUUUUCAUCGCGCGGGGAAUGAGAUGAGGACAUGAGGGACCCUGCUGAGUUUGACUCUAGUUUGACAUUGUGAAAAGAGAUAAGAUGUGUAGAAGGGGUGGAAAGAAGGAGGAAAAAGAGAGAGGAUCAUCCACCCUUUAUCAUCUCCCUCGCCAUCACAACACAGCAGCAGAGUUUCUCUUCCUCUUUGCUAGCUCUUGUGCGGUGGUUGCUGUUGGCUGGGUAGGUGCUGGCGGGUUGGUGGUCUUCUCUCUUCUGCGAUGACGAGAGAGCUUGGAAGGCAAUUUUGCAAAAGCAAUUAGCGAUGGAUACCCGGGCUUAUGACUAUAUUCUUUUCUUUACAAUCAAUUUCAGCACAUCAUCAUUUUGGGAAAUUCUUUUGUGUUGUUAUAGGUUGUUUGGUUGUUGUUGUUUGUUCAUCAUUACUCUUUCUCUUUAGUCUACACUACUACCCAUGUCUGCCUCUACCGCCAACAAACCAGUCCUUGUUCUAUCCAUCAUGUCCCUAUCCUACAAUUCCCCUUCCUGGUGUUAGCAGCUGCCAAAAAAGAAGAAGAAAAAGACAAAACUGCACAAUGCAUGCUCGCUUGCUUUUCAAACUUUGCCAUCCCACACCCACCCAAUUUUGAUAGGUACCCAAACUUUCCCAUCCCGGCUUGCAAACAGAAAAGAGCCCUUCCCAUAUGUACUGAUUCAUUCCUUUUGUGACAGGUCCAACCCCUUCCAAAAAAAAAAAAAGCGCAUAAUCAUAACAGUCAUUUCCCUCA